GACACUCCUACACCAUAAGGUAUAAGAAGGCGUGGCAUGGGAAGCAGAAGGCCAUGGCUGAGGUCUACGGUGAUUGGGAUGACUCGUAUGCUUUACUCCCCAGACUAAUGUCCGCAAUGGAGGAGUCCAACCCUGGGACGGUUUUCGUGCCUUGGUACAACAACGUAGAAACUGAAGAUCAAGUUCAAGUACAGAACGAGUUGAUGUUUCAUCGUCUGUUCUGGACAUUCAAGCCAUGCAUUGACGGGUUUCCCUUCUGCAUGCCAGUGAUUCAGGUUGAUGGAACUUUCCUUACUGGGAAGUAUAAAGGAACUCUUCUUAUUGCCACUGGGGUUGAUGGAAAUUUAAGUAUUUUUCCCUUAGCAUUUGCAUUAGUUGAAGGGGAGAACAACCUAAGUUGGGCAUGGUUCUUUGACCAGCUACACGCCCACGUCACACAAAGAAUGGGUAUUACAAUUAUAUCAGAUCGACAUGCCGGG